AUGGGAAUGGUCGCAGGUGUCAACCUUCCUGCUUCAGGUCCAGGAUCGUUCGAUGAGUUCCAGAAGAAAGCGAAAUCAACUGUCCCGAAGGCACCGAAAAAGAAAGAGGAGAAACCUGGGGGAGCUCCUCCGCCAGGUAGUGCCAAAUAA